AUGCCAGAGGCCACAAGACAAACAUCAACAAAGGACGGCAGUGAUGAGCCCAGCGAUCACCCAAACGGCUUUGUUACUAUUCGCGAGAUCGAUGGUCAGCGGGUAAACAUGCGCAUUUAUAAUGACGGACGCAUAUCGGGAACCUUACCUGAUGGAAGCCGGCCAGUAUCUCGCAGCGGAACUUCUACCACACGGAGAGGGCACUCUGCCGCGUUUAGUGGUGGCAGAAUGGGAGCGCUCCGUAGAAUGUCAAUGAGAACAGGAUCUCGUAUGAAUAGCUCAAGGCAUCACCCUUAUGGCGGAAGACCGACCCCUCGCAGUGUCCCCGACAAUCUCGAUGCGAAGAACAUGCCUCCUAUUGAUUGGUCCCAGACCUCUACUGCUAAUCCAUCCACAUCGUCACAGGUAGAAGGUCAUAAUAGCGGUGCUGGCGGUGCUGACGGGCCCACGUCGGCACCGACUAUGACCAUUCCACACGAACAAGAGUCCGAUGAGGCCAGGGGAAGAAGACUACAGUCACAGCCAGAGCCAAGAAGUCCUUCAUCAAGCCCCGGGCGUAGAGAGCUUAGCAGACGAGUUCCUAACGAGGUAGAUAAGAUCCACUAUAAAGAGCGGAAAUUUAACGAGCAACAGGAACAGGGCAGGAGGCACUAA